UUUCUCAUUCUCCAAUUGUUUUCUCUGCUCUUUGAUUCCAGUUUUCAGUUCAGAAAUCUCUCUGUUGUUUGAUCUGAACAUGGCAAUGUCUGUGAGGAGCGUUUCGGGGUUUUCGGUGUCGAGCAAGCAAGGGAAUGGUGGUGCUGAUUUUAGCAGCAACAGCCUCUUGUUGAAUGGCUCAAAACUUAUUGGAUCUUCUUCUUCCUCUUCUAGUCUGAGUUUUAAUCGGCAGAGGAGACCCAGAAACCUUGCGGUUUCUGCGUCGAGCGAGAAGGUGAUGACUGGUGUUGUGUUCCACCCUUUUGAAGAGGUCAAGAAGGAGGUUCUUGCUAUUCCUGUCUCACCUCACGUUUCGCUUGCUCGUCAGGGCUUUGCAGAUGAGUGUGAAGCUGCGAUUAAUGAGCAGAUCAAUGUGGAAUACAACGUGUCAUAUGUGUACCAUGCGAUGUUUGCAUAUUUUGACAGGGACAAUGUUGCUCUCAAGGGCCUCGCCAAGUUUUUCAAGGAAUCAAGUGAAGAAGAAAGAGAGCAUGCUGAAAAACUGAUGGAAUAUCAAAAUGUACGAGGCGGAAGAGUAAAGUUACACUCUAUUAUAAAUCCCCCUUCAGAGUUUGAGCAUGCUGAGAAAGGAGAUGCAUUAUAUGCUAUGGAGUUAGCUUUGUCUUUGGAGAAGCUGACAAAUGAAAAGCUCUUGAACUUGCAUAGGGUGGCACAGGAGAACAAUGAUGUUCAAUUGACAGAUUUUAUCGAGAGCGAGUUUCUUACUGAGCAGGUUGAAGCCAUAAAGAAGAUAGCGGAGUAUGUCACCCAGUUGAGGAUGGUUGGAAAAGGACAUGGAGUGUGGCACUUUGAUCAAGAGCUGCUUCAUUAAGAGUCAAGAGUGAUACUGCGCCUUGAACAUUUGUUGCUGGUGUACUACUUGUAGUGUUUAAUGUCUACAAUUACUUUUCUGCAAAUAUAAUAUUAUCAAAUGUUGGAGAAAUCUUUGAAUCUUUGAUCCUUCGACUUAUAUAGAAUUGAAUAUUGUAUCUAAAUAUUUAGAAUCAUGAUUCCUUAUUAAAAUGAAGUUUCUUAGAAUCAUGCUCACUC